AUGGCGUUGAACGGCAACCAGCACAAUAUGGGAUACUAUUUGGUGGAUGGGAUAUACCCAAACUGGCCCGUCUUUGUGAAGACGUUCAAGCAUGCGAUCGGACCAAAGAAGUCCUACUUUGCGAGCCGUCAGGAGGGAGCGCGCAAGGAUGUUGAGCGCGCAUUUGGUGUGCUCCAGAGUCGAUGGGGGAUGGUGAAGGGUCCGGCACGACAGUGGUAUAUUCCCAACAUCGGCGACAUCAUGUGCGCAUGUAUCAUUUUGCACAACAUGAUUGUCGAAAGUGAAGGGGACAAACUGACUCAGUGGACCAACGAAGAAGUUUUUGUGAGAAGUCAUAGUGGGAGGGCGCCACUGGAGACGCUCUUAUUAGAGAUUGAACUUCAAGUUAGGUCCCUAGAAAAUAAGGCUUAG